AUGCAAGCCCUUGGGCCCAUCAAAGCCCGGCUGAACAUCAAGCGCACCGCCCCGCUCACGGCUAAGAGCAUCGACCUAGAAACGCACGACGCCGACAUCCACUCCGGCCCGCUGCCUGCGGCCGUCCAGCACCAGCCCAUGGCUGAGCAGCCAGCAGCGUAG